CGGUAGAAAAGCAGCGCCUGCAUUACGUAAGGCAGAUGUGUGGUGAGAAAGGAGGAAACAGAAGUGCCAGUGUAGCGGAAGUGGUACUGCCCUGAACGCUGAGCGAGACGGAGGACGGAGGCUGAAUCGUCCAGAGAGUGAAAAAAACGACAAAAAAAAAGCAGGAUUAAAAGUCACCAAUUUUUCUAGAAAAUGGAUAAGAACGACCUGGUACAGAAGGCCAAGCUUGCUGAGCAGGCUGAGCGCUAUGAUGACAUGGCUGCAGCCAUGAAGUCGGUGACAGAGCAAGGCGCAGAGCUGUCGAAUGAGGAGCGUAACCUUCUCUCCGUGGCCUACAAGAAUGUGGUUGGGGCACGUCGUUCAUCCUGGCGUGUAAUUUCCAGCAUCGAGCAGAAGACUGAGGGCAAUGACAAAAAACAGCAGAUGGCACGUGAAUACCGGGAGAAGAUAGAAGCUGAACUGCAAGAAAUCUGCCAUGAUGUGCUUGGGCUACUGGACAACUAUCUCAUUGCCAACGCAUCUGCUGCUGAGAGCAAGGUCUUCUACCUGAAGAUGAAAGGCGACUAUUAUAGAUACCUUUCUGAGGUUGCAUCUGGGGACUCUAAGAAGGAUACAGUGGAUAAUUCCCAGCAGGCGUACCAGCAAGCUUUUGACAUUAGCAAGGGGGAGAUGCAGCCAACACACCCCAUUAGGCUUGGCCUGGCCCUCAACUUCUCAGUCUUCUAUUAUGAAAUCCUCAACAACCCGGACAAGGCCUGUAGCCUGGCUAAGACGGCAUUUGAUGAAGCAAUUGCUGAACUCGACACUUUGAACGAGGACUCUUACAAAGACAGCACCCUGAUCAUGCAACUACUAAGGGACAACCUGACUCUGUGGACAUCAGAAAACCAGGCAGAUGAGGGAGAGACCGGAGACGGGGAAAACUAAUGGAAUUGCACUGUUAAUCCACCUACACUCUUAUCUUAAACACAGACAGCUUAUAUACAUCCCCCCCUCCACUCCAUCAGCCCCUCCCACUUCUGUAUGACAAGCAGCCUGAAUUGCUCCUGACCAACUAGUUUACCCCUCUCAGUUCACUGUGAGGUGACAGGGUAAUUUUCAGUUGUUAGCAGAUUCAGUCACUUUGUGGAAACAUGUUGUAUUGAUUAGUGAGUCCAUGUUGCUGUUGUUUUUGUCAGCUUCGUGUGUAGGUCUGUAUGUAGUGAGCGUGAAAGUGCGAGCGAGUGUGAAAUGAUUGCGUAUGUGUGUUUCUGGGGGGAGGGGGGUGUUGUGAAUUCGAAUCGUCCUUCCAACUUCCUUUGUCCCAGCUAGUUUGGUGUGCAUUUUUCAACCUUUUUUUUGUUUUGUUACUUUUCUUAUUUGUGAUUCCUCAUGAUAUUUACAGGUUUUAUUGUAUGGUAAUUAAACUGGCAGUUGAUUUCCACCAAACACUGUGAUGGUAGGCUUUCCAUUUGCUUCACAACCCUCAAAAUAGUUUUUGUUUUUGUUCCAGACACGUACGAUCCUGUAUUCAGUUAACUGCAAUUCUGCUGUGGGCUCAUACAGAAAGGAGGCAGGCUGUAUUGUGACACUGACAUCUUGGUGUAAUAUUCCUUGAUCAUGUUCACAAAUUCAGUUUUCAAGUUCUAAGGGACCCCGUAAAUUGUCAUGAUAGAUUUGUUCAGACAUAAGACAUUCCACAUUAUUAGGCAUCUUGGAAACAGCAGUGCUCCUUAUUGUUUUUUGAACUAAGUAUAGAUUGUCAUUGUAGUUUUCUCACUGUUCUGGUGCUGCUUGAUCUCAGUACAAUGAAAAUUGUAUGCGUAAAUGUGGUUCCAUGUAUUUUGCAAGAUUGACUAUCAUCUGUAUGUAAAACCUAAAGUAACCUUUUAUUGAUGUUAAUUGAAAAUGUCUUGCCACACUGUAUCAACCCUGCUUGCAAAAUAUUCCUCUUAAAGCGGUUGUUUUCUCCAAAAAAGCUUUUGUGCCUGGCUUUCUCUUGCAGCCUCCUGCAUUUUUUUUCCUUUUAAGGUAGCAGCAUCUGCUUGUUUAAAAUCUCAUAGAACGUUAGACCAGAAAAACAUAAACCCUGACCUCAGUUUUUACCCAGGUGAAUCUCUUGGCUAUUAAAGAAAGCUGGUGGGAAUAAUUGCCUCUAAAAAUCAGGUUUUAGAAGGUGAAAAGAAGCUCAGUGUCACAAUACCAUGUAUCACCACUACAUUCCACAUUACUGUAGUUGAAGACACCAUUCCACGUUAUAGCUGGCGGUCUGUUUACUCUGACAAUGCUCCAAUAAAUUGAAAUCUUUUGUUGGGGAAAAAAGAAUAAAAAAAAUGUCAGUUCAUUAUUUUGCUUGAUGAAAAUGCAGUUAGUGAAUGUGGAACGAAGCCUGUCUGUAUAUCAGGUAUUUACUUGCUUUGUUUUUACUGACAAGUCUUAUGGCUAAAAUUUGCUUCUGUAACAGUCUAUUACCCAGUGCACACACGUGGUUGUGAAAAUUUAGAAUAGCUAUUAAAAAAGCAGUGAUGAAAUGGAGAUAAACAAUGGUUGGUGUAAUUCUAGCUUUGUGUUUAUGUAUCUUAAAACCAUUCUAGUUUCACUAUACAUGUAAGAAAUAGGAAAGUGUCAAAGACCAUUCAGUGAAAUAAAGUUUCGUUUAAGAUAA